CAGCAGAAGGACGCAAGGGCACGGAACUUGAAUUCAUUAAUAGUCGACGGACCACAGGCUUAAUGGAGAAAUGAUCUAGACAUCUUCACCGGGAUCAUGGUCAGAAAGUACAUCUUAUUCGCGGUUUGUGCGCUGUGUUACUUAUCUGGGAUUGAUAACGAAGACAUUUCCUAUGGGCUUCCAUUAAAACUCUCCAAGUACUCCGUUGUAAAUCCUCAGUUGAUUCACAGGCGGGCAAGGAGCAUCAGCAGACAGCCAGAAGAGAAAUAUGGAGACGAGACAAUAUCAUAUGCACUCAUCAUAAACAACACAAAACACUUCCUUCAUUUACGAAAGAACAGAGAUUUUUUACACCCAAACUUUGUUCAGUAUUCUCAAGACGCCACCGGUGACCACAAGUCAUCACAUCCAAAACCACAUGUGCAUUGCUAUUAUCACGGAGAGGUGGAAGGAUAUGAGGAUUCACUGGUGGCACUCAGUACAUGCUCUGGCCUCAGGGGUGUGAUUAUUCUGGGAAAUGAGACCUAUGGGCUUGAGCCUGUGCCACAGUCUGCCACCAACGAGCACCUUCUGUACCUACUGAGGGACGUUCAGUCCGACCCCGUCACAUGUGGGGUCGUCAGCGAGGCUGCAUCAUCGACACAAAGCCAUGAAGACUUUGAGCCUGGCCAGUCGCUGACCUCUCUGUUGCGGAGGAAGCGCAAUUUACCUCAAACCAGUUAUGUGGAGUUGGUGCUGGUUGUCGAUAAUCUCAGGUAUAAUUUUAAGAGAAAAAAUGAGACGGCGGUACAAGAGGAAAUGGUGGAAAUGGCUAAUCUACUGGAUGGGUAUUACAAGGCACUGAAUAUCCGCGUGGUGCUGGUGGGCCUGGAGAUUUUUAAGGACAGUAAUCCCUUUAGUGUGGACGGCUCUGCAGGAGAGGUGCUGGGGAGGUUUGUUAAGUGGAGGAAGACUUCUCUGUGGCCAAAGAUCAGACAUGACGUCGGUCAACUCAUUGUAGGUCAGCCCAAACCCUAUGAUGGAGGCGUGUUAGGUAUGGCCUUUGUAGGCACGGUGUGCUCCGUAGCAUCCUCUGGAGGAAUCAACGUGUUCAGCGACAACAGCCUGACUUAUGUCUCCACUGUGGUGGCCCACGAGAUGGGCCAUAACCUGGGGAUGAAUCACGACGAUACCCGCUGCAAAUGCAAUGGAGGAAGCUGCAUCAUGGCAGCCAGUGCCGGUGGCUCCACCACUUUCAGCCGCUGCAGUGGCGAAGACUUUGAGACGCUCAUCACCCGUGGAGGAGGCAUGUGUCUGAAAAACCAGCCCUCCCCGUCAGAUGUGGUCGGCUCAGCUGAAUGCGGCAAUGGCCGGCUGGAUGAAGGAGAGCAGUGUGACUGUGGCAAACCAGAGGAAUGUGACAAUAAGUGCUGUGAUGCUGCCACCUGUAAAUUUACACGCGGGUCCGCCUGUGCUCAGGGGGGCUGCUGCGACAACUGUCAGAUCAGAGUUUCUGGAACGCCAUGCAGAGAGUCUGCCGACGCCUGUGAUCUUCCUGAAUACUGUAAUGGAAAGACUGCAUUUUGUCCCGAUGACUUCUAUGUCAUGGACGGCCUGCCCUGUAAUGACGCGUACUGCUAUGAGGGCCGAUGCCAGACGUAUGAUUUCCAGUGCAGACAUCUCUUUGCACCAGAUCCGGCAACAAAGGCAGAUGAUAUUUGUUUUAAGCAUGCAAAUACGAGAGGAAACUUAUUUGGAAACUGUGGAAGGAAUAGCAAAGGAGAGUAUAUCAAGUGCACUGUAGCGAACGCCAUGUGUGGAAAGGUGCAGUGUACCAACGUGGACCUCAGCACCGUCCCUCCUGGAGCCCAAGUCAGCAUCCAAAUAAUUCAGGGGGCAACUUGUGUUAAUGCAGACUUCAACCUCGGCACAGAUGUGCUAGAUCCUGCCUACGUUAACCCUGGCAGCCCCUGUGAUAAAGGAAAGACCUGCCUGGACUUUCAGUGUGUGAACGCCUCUGCUCUGCUGCCCGACUUGGACUGUGACUCUGAGACCACCUGCAAUGGCCAUGGGGUAUGUAAUGACCAAGGGCACUGCCACUGUGGAGACAGGUGGGCCCCACCUUACUGUGACAAGCCGGGGGUCGGUGGCAGCAUAGACAGUGGUCCUACUCAGAUAGACUACUCCCUCAGGAACGGCCUGUUGAUCUUCUUCCUGUUGGUGGUCCCUCUUCUGGUUCUUCUCAUUCUGGUGCUGCUCUACAUCUUCAGGAGAGAUUCCCUUGACCCAUGCUUAAAAGGAGGCCUCGCCAGCCGUCUCAAGUCAAGUAAUGCUCGAAAUGUAAAUAGCCAGUCAAACAGCAAUGUUCAGACAACUGCAACAACCCAGCCUCCCGCACAGGCUCCCCCUGAUAGGCCUGGAUAUCCACCAGGUGCCCCAUCUCCAAUUCCUGGUUUCAGGUAUGGAGAGCUGGACUAUUGGUCUAUAGAACCGAGCGCUGUCCCUACACAACCACCAGCCCCCAGACAGGGUCCUGGAGUGCCCAAACCAAUCCUGCCCAAGCAGCUACAAAACUGAUUUUUCAUUUUUCUUCAACUGUAUUUUGAUCGUAUGGAGUUUACCACAGCUUUAUAAAGAGACUUUUAAAACACUGUGAUAACAAUAAACUCACCAGCAUCUUUUUAAGGUCAACUGUAGCAACAUGGUGGUAGACGAGGCAUGUAAAUAUGUAUUGGAAUAUGUGUUUUUUUUAUUGGAUUCCUGUGUACCACUCAUUGGAAAUAUAUGCACAUACAAUAUUAAAAAAAAGGAAAAAUCUUUUGUAUUUUAUGCUAUUGUGUAUAUUUUUCUUCAUUUUUUUCAUUUUCAUUAAAAUAUAUUGUAAAUUUUGAUUUCAUGAAUUGUAAUAAAAACAUCUAUCAGGUA